AUGACGAUCUUCAUCGGAUCUUAUCCACUACUCUUUGCCUUCCCCCUCUUUCGUUUCUUCUUCUUCCCGUACUUUCUUAUCUCUUACGAAAGGUGGUGUGCAAAUCAGUUCUUGAGUAUCCAACUCACAAUGCGAUGGUAUCACAUGAGCGGUAAAAGAAAUUGUUUCUCGGGAUGCGAAGGAGCCGGGAGAAGGUAUGCGGAUGGGUGUGGAAACUUGGUAUACAUUCAACUACUAGAGUCUGAUGCGACUUGGCAGGUGGUAUUGUGA